AUGGCUGAUCGAUUUAUUGUUUUAGCUUUAAAGAAAGCCGAUUCCACCGAUUUUUCCAAGCCGUUAGAUAAAUUCAUUGCCAAUACUUACGAUAAAGAACGAGGUCAAUUCAAGGGGCAAAUUGACGAAUUGCAAACUUUGCGUAAUAAUGCCACUAAGCGAUUGGAUAAGCAUGAAAGUGCCGUACAAAUGUUACUCAGAUACUACGAUCAAUUGAAUGUCAUGGAAGCCAAGAUGCCAGUGUCUGAGAGCGAGGUACGUGUAACGUUUACUUGGCAAGACGCUUUCGACAAGGGCAGCCUGUUUGGUACUAGAAAACAUAGUGCAAAGAGUUUGCCUUUUGAGAAAUCUUGCGUUCUAUUUAAUGCAGCCGCACUUUCUAGUCAAAUUGCAGUUACUCAAAAUCUUGACACUGAUGAUGGCUUGAAGUUAACUGCUAAAUACUUUCAGACUGCAGCUGGCAUCUUUGAAUAUUUACGAGAAUAUAUUCCAAGCAAUAUUCCGCAAGGAACAACUCCAGAUUUAUCUAUUGAAUGCUUAACGGCUCUAAGUGCACUGAUGCUUGCCCAAUCUCAAGAGACAUUUUAUCUUAAAGCCAGUCAAGAUAAAAUGAAAGAUGGAAUUGUCGCAAAAAUUGCCAUGCAAACUGGAAAUAACUAUGCUGAUGCAUUCAAAAACAUGCAAACACCUGGUGUACGUGCUUUAUGGGAAAAGGAUUGGCUACCUAUGGUAUCAGGUAAACAGGCAAUGUAUCACGCCGUGGCUGAAUAUCAUCAGGCUCUAGUUGCCAAAGCUAGCGGGGCGAUUGGUGAAGAAUUGGCUCGAUUAAAACACGCUAGCUCUUUAAUGCAACAAGCUGAAAGCUACAGUAGCACACUCACCGAUGCAAAGAAUUUGCGCAACAAGAUUACUAAAGCUUAUCAAGCUGCACAAAAGGAUAAUGACUUCAUUUAUCAUGAAUUAGUUCCUGACAAAGACAGAAUUCCCGCCGUCCAAGGUGCAGCUAUUGGCAAACCCAUCCGCUUAAAUAAUCCAGCAUCUGCAAAUUUUAAAGAUAUUUUCGCUGAUGUUGUUCCUCUAAACAUUCACAAUGCUGUAUCGAGGUACAAUGAACGUCAACAGGAUUUGGUUACUUCCGAGCUUAAAAAGCUUACAGAUAAUACGCAACAAUUAAAAAGUCUUUUAGCUGAAUUAAAUUUACCUGCAGCAAUUGAAGAUACUGGUGGAAAUUCUGUACCACAAUCGCUUUUAGACAAGUCUGCUGCAUUAAUACAAGAUGGUGGCGUCCAGAAAAUAGAUAGCAUGUUUAAUGAACUGCCAACAUUAUUACAAAGAAAUCAAGAAAUUGUUACAGAGACCACUCGUAUGAUGGAUGAUGAAGAGAAAGACGAUAAACAAAUGCGCCAAAGAUUUAAAGAAAAAUGGACCAGAAUGCCAUCUGAUAAACUCACAGCAUCAUUACGUAUUGAAAUGAACAAAUAUAAAGGCAUCAUUGAAAAUGCAUUGAAAGCUGAUGCAAUCGUGCGAGAUAAAUAUAACAAAAGCCGUAAUGCUAUGAUUGUACUUAGUAAGGGAGAGGUUGAAUUAAAAAAUUACAUCCCAAAGACCGGAAGCGGAAAUGCUGUAGCUAAUAGCAAAGCUGUCGUCAACAUUAAACGCCUAAUAGACCAAAUUGAUGGUAUUAUUGCUGAACGACAAGUAAUUGAAUCUGAAUUGAAAUCGGCUACCUGCGAUAUAACACCUAAAUUUCUAGCAGCUUUAGCUGCUGAUGGUGUCCUGCAAGAUGAGGAUAUCUCCAAGCAAAAUUUAGAUAGUACUUACAAUGUUUAUGUAAACCAAAUUGCCGAUACCAUCUCCAGACAACGAGACAUUGAAACGCAACUCAGAGCUGCAAACCAGGAAUUUCUUGCCGAAAGGCAAUCUCGCUCCGGAGCUAAUAAACGAGAAGAAACGUUAUCUGAUUUGGCCGCCGCCUACGAUGCUUUUACUGAAUUGACCAAACAUCUGAUGGAAGGCACCAAAUUUUAUAAUGACCUAACUAAUCUUUUGGUCAAAACACAAACAAAAGUUAGUGACCUUAUCUUUGCUCGUAAAACUGAAUUGCAAGGAUUACUCGGGGAUUUACAACAAGAUCUAUCGAAAGCUGACAACCAGACUCCAUCAAUCCCUAGUCAUCAUCAGAAGGCAGCAGCACCCCAAAGACCUCCACCACCGAGUAGCAGUGCGCCGCCCACAUCGACUAGUUCCAUUCCAGCUUCAGCUCAGCCUCCUGCUGCUGCACCUCAGCCAAAUUAUGCAGUUGCACCCCCUGCACAACAACCACAAUAUCCUGGUGCUCCUCAACCUAUGUAUGCUCCGCAAGGGCAGCCAUAUCCUUACCCAACACAACAACCACAACCUGGUCAGCCAAUGCCUUAUCAAUAUCCUUACCAGGGCCAACAGCCGGUUUAUCCUCCUCAUCCGUCUCAACAGUAUGUUCCAAUGCCUGGAACCUACCCUCCACCACCACAGGGUUAUCCUCAAUAUCCUCAAUAUCCUCCACCACAGUAAAAGCAGUAUAGAUUAAAUAAAGUGAAACGGUAUCUGGGAAGCUCGAAAAACCAUGACAUUUUCUGACUUAAAGUUUUCAUUGCUACGCAAGAACUUGUAUUUCAGAACUGCUGGCGCCUGUUACGUUAUUUAUCCUAUAAUAGGCACUAGUAAUUCCAGCACCUAUCGCUUGGCUUGUUUUCGUAUAAACUUGUUAAUUAGCUUAGAUUAUCGUGAUGUAAUCAAAAUACAUCGAUACAAUCGUGAAUCAUAUCUUGUACGAUGCAUUUCUGCAAUAAAAGUCCAUGUAAUAUAUAGCAGCUUAUAUAGUUGAUUUUCGCUAUCUUAGCUAGCGUAAAAUAUUAUUACAUUUGUCAACAAUUUCUUGUAGCUUUCAACUUUAAGAUACGACGUAAGAUAUAUAUCUACACUAUAAACUACAAAACAAAGCAUUAGCUAAGGGUAUUG